GUUCGGUUAAAUCGUUUCAAGGUGAAACUAUCAGCGAGUCCAGAAAAGCAGAGAGAAGAAGAGACAUUUUCUCUGGAAGAAUAUACAACAGAUCCCUUAGAUUCUGUUGAUCCUGAUCGGGUUAUAUAUGAGCUAACCACUCUUACUAGUGAGGUGACGUUACACGUGGGUCGCCGGAAGUCCGUACGGACCUUGACCAUAACCACGACAGUCCCUCGGACCUUGGAAGCCACGGAAGUUCUGUCCAAUGGUUUGUUCGAGAGCAUUAAUGACAUAGGUGACAGAAAUAAUCUACUAAUUAGCGACAGUCCCUCUUUUACUGUAAUAUCACGGACCUACUCGACGACACAACACACUUUGCGGACCUCCCUGAUUCCUGUAUUUGAUGGACAGUCCACGAAGGUCCACACUGUAACUGAAAGUUUUGUUAUUCGGAAGAUCAUCACUGCUUACAAAACCAUGCCUCCAACCGAUAUUUUGUUGGAAAAUGAUUCAGACUUUGACAUUCCAGAUGAAAUUGGAUUUAGUCUCCAGUCUACUCUUCUUCCGGGAGUCUUUCCUCUCCCACCGUCACCACGGCAACAUCUUCUCCAAACUUCCCUUUCCCGGGUUCCAGGAUUGGACAACUUAGUUCCGUCGGGGGAUAACGCCCCAUUGAAUCUGGCCAAUCCAUUGCUUUCAUUAGGGGCAGCCCUGUCCCGGAAUCCCUUAGCUGCCCUAUAUUUGGGGCUACAACAGCUGAACCAACAAGUGACGCACCUUACGACCAUCACUAAAAUGUCUUCUUACGUAACUGUUGAAACCGUUUACAACACCAGGGUGGUGAGUAUUUAUGAUGGACGAGCCGUCAGGCUUAGGACACUCUCAGAGCCUUUGUCGACCACGGAACGAACACUGACCUCUGUAUUCACUACUGUCCAGCCAAUGGUCAACACUCAAGCGCUUCAGCAACAGCAGCAAUUCCAACAGCUGUUUGGUUCCCAGUUACGGCCGUCUCUACCACCUCAGUUCUCCAUCAUAACUUCAUCUUAUACCACUGUCACCACGGCAACCAGCACUAAAACACGUGUUUAUACGCUCAUUUACAACGCGUUCAGCACUAAGUAUCGUACAGUAACGAGCACUAGUUUUCACCCAACUACAGUGACGACAUAUAGUACGAUAAAAGUUCCAGUUACUGCCACGUCAGCAGUUGGUAGUGUUCCUUUCUAUGGUUAAAAACAUCAAAUGUUUGGAAUUCAAACAAGACUUCUCAGGAACACAUAAUUUUCGGGGCAAUACAAGACUGUCUUAACGUAACAACGUUUUGGAUAUCAUGAAACUGUCAGAACUAUUUUUGUGAAUUGACUAAGCGUAAUUCAUUAACAAAAUAUGCCAGUGGAGUGUAAGUUGUUUUCUAUAUAUUUGGCAGUAGAACGAUUAGUAUGUUCGAAACCCAAACAGUUGGGGUCUCUUGCUGGACGAGAUAACAGUCAAGUAAAGAUGGUGAUUGUAAACCAAGAUUAUAUUAACUGAGUCACGUGUCUUUACGUGAGAACUGUUCCUCUUUUGCAUGACAUUUUAAUAGAGGAACGUGGUUUUACGUGGGAACUGUUCAUUUAUUUGAAGCCAUUUUAAUAGA